CGAUCAAGCGACUGCAGAACAUCGUCACUAUCAAGCAGUUGUCACUAAUGUGGAACGCUUGUGCUACUUUCCUUAACAGAUCGGUUGGCCAUUCUGCUCGACGUGGAGUUCUACUUCAGACUGAAUGUCAUUGCGGCCGCUUUGGUUGAAUUCGAUGAACUUUUUCAGAAACAUUGAAAUGGUAAACAGCAGUUUUAAAAACUUUUCGACUGGCAGAUGGUCAAAUUCCCAUCGGACCAAACUCACUGCUCAGUGAGCUUCCUAAAAACUUUUCCGAGGUUAAUUGGAUGAAAAUUACCUCCAUUGAAGGGGGGUCACCUCUGGCUGCACAGUAAGCGAAUAACAAUCAUCAGUACUAGGAGGACCAACGAUGGAUAGAGUAAACAAAAUCAAGUCCUACAUCGUGGGAAGCUUCCGCUCCUUCCACAAUAGCGACAACUGCUUCGUAGUCAUGAUCGCCUGCGAUCGCGUCGUCGGUAUCUUCACAAGUGCCACCAACGAUCGACUGCGGCCACUCAAAAACAUCCUCAUCGCCUGUACCAUAGUCUACGAACUACUUGAAUUUGUCCUGUUCUUCUUCUUUUUGAAAUCUAUCACCCUGGAGCAACACUUCACCACGCUAUUUCUGAUGUUCUGCCGCAUGCUCUGCGUGAUCAACUGGUCAUUGCUGGCUUUGUUUCGAAAAGAUUUGGAGCAAAUCUGGUUAAAUCUACGUGAUCUUCAGCGGAACCGUCCGGACCCCCGGCGGUCGAAGUAUAUCCGGGCCAUCAACUGGUUUGCACUCGGCUACAUGAUCGAGAAUAUGGGUCCCUACUUCGUGUGGACCGUCAGUGGACAAGUCGGCUCCCCGAUCAAGAUGUUCCCGAACGACUUUCUUCAUCAGGUCAACAAUGUUCUUUACCCCGUCGCGGUGACACUUGUGACCUUCAUGUUCUGCUAUUGCAUCAUAGUCAUCUGUACGAUCCUGCCGGCGUUGGCGUUGGAGUUCAUGCUUCUCGGUACGGCAUUUGAACGAAUCUUCGAAGACGUUGGAUCUCUGGGGGAGACGAUUCGCCGCGCGCAGCGCAACUGGGACCAACUCGAACAGGCCUUGAAACUAUGUAUCGAACACCACCAGCACCUGCUGGACAUGGCCACCCGCUUAAAGGAGCAGGUCAAGUUCUACUUCUUGACCUACUUGAUAACGUCAUUUGUGAUCAUCACUUUUAGCUGCUUUCAAUACGCGUUGACUCAGGAAGUCAACAGUCCGAGGUUCACUUUUACCGCUGCCGCAGCCGUGACCAGCACGAUCAACCUACUGCUGUGCGGGUAUCUGUGUGAUCAGCUGGAAGGUCAGGUGGCUGCCGUCAAGUAUCAUCUGUACUGCUCCGGUUGGACGGACAAGCUGAUCUACUCGAGGGCGUUCGGUCACCGGUACAAAGCCUUCCGCAAAAUGAUGCUGAUCGUGAUGGGGCGUACGCAGCAGAAGGUUGGGAUGACGUGCGGCAACUUUGCCGCGAUGUCGUUGGUCACUUGCCGGAGAGUGCUGCAGUUUGCCUUCUCGGUGCUGGCCGUGCUGUUGUCGUUCUUGGACUAGGAAGAAGCUAUGGGUCUGAAAGGGGGUUUGCAUAGAUGACUAGCUUGCAUAACAAUAGUUUACUAUAUUUUGAAGUAUCGGGAGAUGUAAUUAAUGAAUAAAUGUGGUUCUUGAGGUGUUUUCAUCGGCUAAGCGGUUUUUUUUUCCAAAAGCACCCAUUACGCAUUUCAUCCUUGUCGUUCAUUGACAGCGUCCUUAAGCCUUAGCUUCAACCGGUCUAGUAGUAAUCGACGUCCUGGUUGGAAUGGUUACCAACUGGAUUAUCGUACAAACGUCUCAAACCGUCCAUAAACGGGACGUAAAAUUCAAAGUUGUAAGAGAAGGUCCGUGGUCGGACGUUUCUCAGUGGAACUGAUAGCUAGAAAUCAAGAGUGUGUGAGUGAUCUGGUGUUAAUGGUGCUGAAUGUAAACAUACACAAAACAGAAAUUCAUAUGAGAGUGAACUGUCAGUUCUACUGUGAUCUGUCAAAAGUUCUUGGUAAACAAAAAAGUCAGCUGAUCGCAAUUGUCUCGUGGACAGCCUUAUUAGAGCCUUUAUUUUGGAUCAUCUCCACCUCGUAUUCAAAAAGUAGAUGGUAGCUAUCCGUUCAGGAACCUUCCACCCAUAUGUGUGUAACUCCUGCCAAGGUAAGUGACCUGGGUUGAAAAUGCGUAACAGUGCUACAACAUGCUCUGCGAAUAUCCUUCCUAAGAAAAUUCUCUUCGUAGCAGCCUGAGAGGUAACAAACUGCCUAGAACUCCCGCUGGAAGCAUCCAAAAUCACCGAAAUCGCGCAAAACCGUGUCCGCCGAGAACGCGAGAAAACACCAACGAUAUUUCCUGUAUCUUCCGUCAGUAGCAUCCAAACUCUUCACUGGUAUUGUGCAGAACUUCCUUUGCCGACGAUGCGUGGAAGCUCCGUCGAAACUCUCUGGGAACCUCCGUUGGUAGCAUCUGAAUUCUCGAGGGGAGUUCCGACCAAGUUUUUGCGUGCUCACGGUAGAGAUUUUCCAUGCUACUGGCGGAGGUUCCGGGAAGUUUUCAUAUGUUUAUGGUGGAGAGGGUUCCGGGAGAUUUUGGUGCUGCAAACGGAGGUUCCAGUGAGUUUCGGUGCAAUUAUCUCACGUUUUCGGAGGAAGUUCUGCACGAUUCCGUUGGAGAUUUCCGAUGGAGCCAACGGAGGUUCCAGUCGAUUUCGAAAGAGUUUAUCGUGUGUGAUGCUACCAGUGGUUACAGGGAAUUUCUACGGAUUUUCUCCGCGUUCUCGGUGGAGGUUCCGCAAGCUUUCGAUGGAGAUUUCCGAUGCUGUCUACGGAAGUUUCAGGGAAUUUGCUCGUGUUGUUGUUCGAGGAGGUUGAGCACAGUUCGGAGGUUCUAGAGAAUUUCGACAUAGUGUUCUCGCGUGUUUGGAGGGGGAGCUUCCACUCGAUUCUGGUGGAGAUUUCCGAUGGAAAUUCAACAGAUUUUUCCCGCGUUCACGGUCGAGGAGCUUCUGGAAUAGUUUUCUAGAGUGUUAAGGCCCAAACGCAAUGUGAACGGAAGCGGAACGGCAAUGGAAUGUUUUGUUUCACUUAAAUUUGACAGAUGGAAAAUUUUCAAAUAAACCUGAUAUUGUACCACACUUAUUUCUGACAGACGAGGAAUCAAUUUUGAUAGACACCUUGUUGUCUGACACCGAAAAUCUCUCUGUUGUUGAUCGUCUGAUUUUCGAGAAUGUGUCUAUCAAAAUUGAUUCCUCGUCUGUCAGAAAUCUCGCGUCACUUUUCAAAUAGAUCCAUCUACAUUGAUCGACUUUCUUCAUCGAUGCUCUCUUUCGUAAAUACCUCGGCUUCAAAAACGUUUCCUGUCGUCUUUGUCGUAUUAGAUCCUAGAUUGUUUCUUCUUCCAUCGAACUGUGUGUCGAAAAUAUCUGGAAAUAUCCUAUCACGAUUUUAAAUUGGCUCACUACUUGACUAGCCUAUUGGUACCAAGCAAAUCGUUGAACGUACCCCAUUCUAGUCAAAAUUCUAGUACUGCACAAUAUUUGUUUUGAUUCGCUAUGAAAGUUUGACAGAUGAAAUGAGGGGUGCAUCGGUUAGCUUGGGACCGGAGAUAGUACCAGAGCUGAGCCAAAAAGUUGAGCACGUUUCUUCGGGA